AUGGCGCCAGUUGUCUUACAAUGGGGCAAUACUAAAUUUAUUUUCGAAUCACUGGAGACGAACUGUGAUCACGACUAUGUGGAGUACUUUAAUAAGGUGCCCAACACGACUUUUCUAUAUACUUUUCGAGUGGAAAAAUUGGUCUCGGCCUUUAAUAUUGAUGUUGUUCUGAAAGUGCUGAAAACUCAAAGAGUUUUUUACAAGGCAGAAAACAUGUGGGGCUGUGACCUUCUGAAAAACCCGCUACUUUUCAAAUUUUUUGGCAAGUACUACGAGCAUCUGGUGGUCAAUGGCAGUUACUUUAAGUGCCCCAUUGAGCCAAAGAUUUACUAUCUAAAGAACGAGCCCUCCUUGUCAAUGUUUCCCACCAUCCAUCUACCUGGACGCUUUCAGCUGUCGAUGCGAAUCAAAAUUCCAAAUAGUUCCUGUCCUUUCAUUAUGGAAACAUUGUGGAAAUAUAAUGUUGUUUAA